CGUUGAAGUUGGGACUAGCGUUAAUACAUAUGCCCAUCUCCAGUUUGUUUCCAUCAACUCUUAUCAAUCCCCCUCCAGUUUUCUCCCCCAUUUUCCUCUCUUAUCUUCUUUCCUUUCCUUUCCUUUCCUUUCCUAUAUUUUUCUUUUUCUUUUUCUUUCCCGGAAAUUUCCCCUGAAAAUCCACCUUUUGUGCCCCUCAAUUUCAUGCGCUCUCUUCCUCUCUUUCUCUGUAAACAUGGAUAAAUCGCUGAGUGUCCAUGGCAAGAAGGCACCAAAGCAUCCCAAAACCAAGAAAAAGCCAGUCAAGGUCGUGUACAUCUCCAACCCCAUGAUGGUCAAGACCACGGCUUCCGAGUUCAGAGCUCUGGUCCAGGAACUCACCGGCCAAGAAGCCGGCGGCACGCCGGACUUCUGUAAAUACCGGCAGAUCGGCUCCGGCUGUGGCGGCCGCCGCCGGUUGGCCAUGAGUACUGAUAAAGAUGCAGUGCAGGUCCCAACUGUGGAACUGGAACCUCAUGCUGUUGAGGUUCCAGAAAGGUCCGAUCUUACAGUUGAAGAUCAGCACGAUGAUGUUUUCGUGCCCCAAAUGCUGGAAGAUUUUGGUGGGUUUUUCCCGUCAAACAUGUUUGAGUUUCCUCAUGUCGCCGGUUUGCUCGAAAGCUAAGAUGCAGUUAUUGAUUGCUAAGUUGUAAGCUUUGUUAAGGCGCCUAUGGUUACUAUAGCUAGGGUUUAAUCUUGUUUCUGUAUCUAUUUGUUUCACUGUGUGUGUAUCUUCUUUACUUAUAUAUAUGCUUUAACUGAAUCUAA